CGUGAAGGCAUCUUUUUUCACAGCACAGGGUGUCAUGGCGCAGGUAAAGCACGAGAGCUCCGCAGCAAAGUUUAUUUUCAGCUGUAAUAAUAAAGUGUUAAUUUUUACGCUAUAAAGGUUUUAGUUUUUAAUGGGACAACUGCGUAGAUAUCGAUGAAAGUAGCAGUCUGAACAAAGCCACCAGUAACUGAGACGCCUUCACAGAGGAGAGAUGGAGAAGCCAGUGCUGCAGACCCAGCCAUCCACUUUACCUUUUUUUGACACAGCCCACGCUUUCAACCUGCUACGGGGAAUCCAUGAACUCCGCGCCGAGCGGAAGUUUUUCGAUGUGACUCUGUGUGCAGAAGGCCGUGAGUUCCACUGUCACCGCACAGUGCUGGCUGCUGCCAGUACCUACUUUCGGGCCAUGUUCGCUGGAACACUGAGGGAGAGUGCUAUGGACCGAGUAGUUCUGCACGAAGUGUCGGCUGAACUUUUAGGUCUGCUGGUGGACUUCUGCUACACAGGACGGGUCACCGUCACUCAAGAUAAUGUGGACCUCCUGCUAAAGACGGCUGAUCUGUUUCAGUUCCCUUCAGUCAAAGAAGCCUGCUGCGCUUUUUUUGAACAGCGGCUGGAUGUUUCCAACUGCUUGGAAAUACAGGACUUUGCAGAGGCCUACGCUUGCAGAGACCUGGCAGCGAGCGCACGCCGCUUUGUCCUCAGAAACAUAAUGGAACUGGCUAAGGGGACGGACUUUGAUCGAUUGCCGUGGAAGCGUCUUCUUGAGAUCGUGUCCGACAGUGAACUUUGCAUAGAUAAGGAAGAGACUGUUUAUCAAAUUGCGGUGCGCUGGGUGAAGGCAGACCUCCAGAGACGACUACACUACUGGCCCGAACUACUCCAGCAGGUCCGACUCCCUUUUGUGCGGAGAUUCUUUCUGUUGGCCCAUGUGGAGAGCGAUCCACUUGUGUACCUUUCACCCACCUGCCUCCGCAUGGUGAACGAGGCCCGUAGCUUCCAGUCCUGUGAGUACGAUCGCCACGACAGGCCCUGCCACCGCAUGCGGCCACGGCCAUCCACGGGAUUGGCAGAAAUCCUUGUUGUGGUAGGGGGCUGUGACCAGGACUGUGACGAAUUGGUCACCGUAGACUGUUUCAACCCCCAGACUGGACAGUGGCGCUACUUGGCUGAAUUCCCAGACCACCUUGGAGGUGGCUACAGCAUAGCUGCCCUCGGAAACGAUAUGUAUGUUACAGGUGGUUCUGAUGGCUCUCGUCUCUACGAUGGGGUGUGGCGGUACAAAUCUAGUGUCAACGAGUGGACAGAGGUGUCCCCCAUGCUGAAGGCCCGGGAGUACCACAGUUCUUGUGUGCUGAAGGGUCAACUCUACGUAGUGGCGUCGGACAGCACCGAACGCUACGAUCACUCGCUGGACUGCUGGGAGGCUUUACCAUCCAUGCUGCAUCCCAUGGACAACUGUUCCACUACCACAUGCAAUGGCCGCCUGUAUGCCAUAGGCUCCCUAACCGGGGAGGAUACCAUGGCUGUCCAGAGCUAUGAUGCAGACAAUAAUCGCUGGUCCAUGGUCAGCUGUGGACAGCUGCCCCCGUGGUCCUUCACACCAAAAACAGUAACCCUCAACGGUCUCAUCUACUUUAUCAGGGAUGACUCUGCUGAGGUCGACGUUUAUAAUCCUCAGAAGAACGAGUGGGACAAAAUUAGCCCAAUGACCCAGGUCCAUGUUGGAGGUAGUGUCGCAGUGCUGGGUGGGAGACUGUAUGUGUCCGGUGGUUACGACAACACCUUUGAGCUUUCAGAUGUAGUAGAAGCCUUUGACCCAUCAACCCGCACAUGGACUCUUGCUGGUCGACUACCUCAGCCGACCUUCUGGCAUGGCAGUGUCAGUAUAUUUCGCCAGUUUAUGCCCCAGGUCUCCAGUGCGUUUGAACCUAUUCAACUGGAGUCUGAUGCCAUACACUUGCAUCGACACCACCGCCACCAACUACUCCACAAUCUCAACAACAAUCUCAACCAGAACCAAGAAGUCAACCAGGCACACUAAAUUUUGAAUUCAUAGCCCAAUAAUUAUUUUUGCUCUGUUUGCUUAUGUUGUACCAUAAGUAGUUUUAUUGUAACUUUACCUCAUUACCACGCUGAAGAUGGUAGAGACAGAAGAGGAAGCACUUUGUGACUGACUACAUUGAGUUCUGCUGACAAAUUUUCAAACUGCUAAUCCUUCAGAUCUGUUGACUGGAUGAUAGGGGUGCAACGGACCAUGAAACUCAGUUUGAGUCACAUCAUGCAUUGGAUCAACCAGAGUGAGGGGACAAAUAUAACUUUGCUUUGUAUUUAUUAAACAACAGUGGCCAUUGUCCUGAAUGAAAACAAGGUGCCAAUGGUUUACUGAUAUUU